UUAAAGUAGAAGUAAAAAGUUCGAUUCAAGUUCAUUGGAAUCCCAUUUUUCACGAUUUAGGGCAAAACUGUUAAUCAGAGCUGAAAAACAAUGAUUCUCCUCCUAAGAAAGGUAAUCCCCGAACAUCCUUCAUCAUCAUCACUUAUUAUCCCUCUGCAUAAUCAUAUCCAUUCCUUAUUAUCAUCUCUAAAAACAUCCCAUUUCGAAAAUGUUGUAAUUAAUCACUGUAAGUCUGGAAAAAUUGAGAAAAUAGAUAAUGCUAUGGAUUACUUUAACAGUAUGAUUUCGAUGAUUCCACUUCCAUCUAGUAUUGCAUUCAAUCAUAUACUCAGUUCAGUUUCUAAAAUUGGAUGUUACUCGGAUGUAAUCACAAUGUAUAAGAAGAUGAAUGAUAUUGGAAUUGAACCUGAUAAUGUUACAUUGAACAUUUUGAUAAAUUGCUGUUGCGAAUUGAAGGAAAUUGAUUAUGGGUUUAGUUUGUUUGGUGGGAUUAUUAAGAGGGGUUAUGAUCCUGAUGUAAUUGCAUUUAGUAGUUUGAUUAAAGGGCUGUGUUUGCAAGAGAAGAUUUAUGAUGCACAUAAACUGUUCGAUAAAAUGGUUGAACUGGGUGUUCAACCUAAUGGAGCUGCGUGUGGUGCGUUAAUUACCGCGCUUUGUAAAUCUGGUGAAUUAGAUGUUGCAGUUGGGUUGCAGAGGAAUAUGGGGAAAUGGAAUUGCGAAGCGAAUGUUUAUUUGUAUGGUGUGGUUAUGGAUGCUUUAUGCAAAAGAGGAUCAGUUGAUGAGGCUCUGACUCUCUUUUCUGAAAUGGUACAAGUUGUUCCGGAUAAUGUUGUGUUUAAUACUCUGAUUGACGGGCUAUGCAAGUCUGACAGGUUAAGUGAGGCUGCUAGAUUAUUCGAUAGCAUGUCUAGUCGAGGAGUUUCUGCAGAUGCACAUACUUAUAAUUCUCUAAUUCAUGGAUUAUGCAAAAGAGGAUUAGUUGAUAAGGCUCUGAAUCUCUUUUCUGAAAUGGUAGAUGAUUCGAGAAUUGUUCCGGAUUCUGUUGUGUUUAAUACUCUGAUUAACGGACUAUGCAAGUCUGACAGGUUAAGUGAGGCUGUUAGAUUAUUCAAUAGCAUGUCUAGUCGAGGAGUUUCUGCGGAUGCACAUACUUACAAUUCUCUGAUACAUGGGUUUUGCCGACGUGGGUUGUGGGAGGAAGCAAGCAGAUAUUUUGGUAAAAUGGAGGGGAGUGGGAUUGCUUGCACGGUAGUUACUUUUACUAUAUUAAUAGAUUCUCUGUGUAAAACUGGUAACGUAGAAGAAGCUUACGAGAUAUUUAAAGAGAUGAUUGGGUCAGGAAAAGAACCUAAUGUUAUGACCUAUAAUUCUAUGAUGAAUGGUCUGUGUUUAAUAGGUAAACUAGAGGAGGCACAGAGAUUGUUUGACUCGAUGGUGGAAAACGGCCUGGAACAAAACAUUUACAGCUUCGGUGUGAUGAUUCAUGGAUACUGCAAGAGUUCUAGGUUGGAUGAAGCCAUUCAACUCUCUAAGGAAAUGCAAAAGAGAGGAUUGAAACCGAACCAAGUUACUUACACUACACUGAUAGAUGGAUUAUGCCAGGCGAGAGAAGUUAGAACUGCAGAGAGAAUGUUAACUGUAAUGCAGUCUAAUGGCUUAUCUCCGGAUAUAGUUACUGCAUCACUGGAUGGACUUUUUAAGAAUCGGCAUGUCGAUGCGGCAAUAGAAUUGUUACGCUCCGUGGAAGAUAAGGGGAUUGAAAUUGAUGUACCGAUGUGCAAUAUAUUAAUCAAUGGGUUGUGCAAAGCUGGAUAUUCUGACAAGGUAAGGAAACAAUUUUUUGAAAUUCCUAACAAAGGAUUAGUUGCUGCCUUAACACUAUGAUCAGCUGCAUAUGGAAAGAAGCGGAUUUUUGUUUCAGGCCGAAAAGUUCAUCAUCCAAAUGGAAAUCAAAGGUUGCAGCCUGAUACCAUUGUCUAUAAUAGCAUUACUAAGGGUUAUUGUAAGAAAAAUAUGUUAUAAGAGCAGUAGAGUUUCUCAAAGGAAUGCGUUGAAAGAAAUUUUCACCAGGCAAAGCCACUAUAAUUAGUUCCUUCCUUGUGGAAUCUAGAUUAGAUUGAUGUAAGGGAAUUUCAUGAGGUUUCUGUGGAAAAGCUCGCACUACGGGUGGAGGUGAUAUCUCUGAAAUUCAGGAUAAAUUCUUCUUUUCUCUUUGUGAACUUAUUGGGGGUUUGGUUAGCCACAGUUGCUGUGUCCCCAUUGCAAGAGUCACUGCAGAGUUCCGUUAUGCUUAUCAAAAGAAUCUCUAAUGAUAAGUCGGAGGAUGUUCCGUUAUGCUUAUGACACUCUUUUUGUAUGACAGAGUCCCUUGCUGUUCCGUUUGUAGUUUGUAUCUUUCACCAAGUGUAUUUUCAUUCAUCCUAAAAAGCAAAAUGUAUAUGAGGAUAUCUGGAUACACCUUUCAGAAAUAACUUUUUGAUUUUUAAAAUGUAUUUUAAAGGCAAAAAAAGUUGAUUUUUAUG